GAUCGACUUUGUGAACUUUUUCCUCUCGUCUUGACCCCGUCCGUUACAGCAUCGACUAACCCGACCGUCAACCACCCAUCGACAACAGUCAAGAUGUCCGCCGCCCUGAACAAGAUCGCUGCCAACAGCCCCUCGCGGGCCAACCCCUCCGAGCUGGAGCAGAACAUUGCCCAGGCUCUGUACGACCUCGAGAGCAACACCGCCGACCUCAAGGUCGCCCUCCGCCCUCUGCAGAUCGUCUCUGCCCGCGAGAUCGAGGUCGGCCACGGCAAGAAGGCUAUUGCCAUCUUUGUCCCCGUUCCUUCCCUGCAGGGCUUCCACCGCGUCCAGCAGCGCCUCACCCGUGAGCUCGAGAAGAAGUUCUCCGACCGCCACGUCCUGAUCCUGGCCUCCCGCCGCAUCCUGCCCCGCCCCAAGCGCUCCGCCCGCUCCCGCAACAACCAGACCCAGAAGCGCCCCCGCUCCCGCACUCUCACCGCCGUCCACGACGCCAUCCUCACCGACCUCGUCUACCCCGUCGAGAUCGUCGGCAAGCGCCUCCGCACCAAGGAGGACGGCUCCAAGCUCCUCAAGGUCAUCCUCGACGAGAAGGAACGCGGCGGUGUUGACUACCGCCUCGACACCUACUCCGAGGUCUACCGCAAGCUUACCGGCCGCGGUGUCACCUUCGAGUUCCCCCAGUCCGGCUCCGCCGAGUACUAGAUUAUCGUAUCUAGUGUCUUGCGCAUUGGGCGGGUGUUUGGUGAAAAAUUAAAAAAGGAAUCAUGGUCAAUGAUGGGUUUGGCAUUUAGUCUGCUGCAAUGAAGGCAUGGCAAUGACUGGUUGAUCAAAAGGGUCUGGCGUCUACAGGGAUAUAAACUUGGGCGAUUCCAUUACAGGCUGCCCAAAAAAUGCAUAUACCAAAACACUUGACCGCU